AUGUACUUGCGACGCAGACGGAUCAGACCGACCUGCGAGGAGAAGUCGGACAUGAGACCGUCGCCAACCGAGGAGAUGAUGGAGGAGGCCAAGCUGUGGACGGGCCGGGAGCGGCACCGCGGGGGCCCGGACGAUGACGAGGAUGAAAGCCCUGUCGGAGCUGCUGGCGGCUCCGAGACGGAGGCGUGUCUCGGCGAUGAGGAGGACGAGAGGCCCGGGGUGCCUUCCGGGUCUGCGACGGCCCUCCCCAUUUACGUGUCGAUGCAUCGUGUGCGCCGGCUCAUCGUUGCGAGCAUAGACGAUCCAUACACGCUUGAUCAACUAAGCGAUCCCAGGAUGAAUCUUCUCAUUGUAAGGCCUCUCGUUGAGCGUCUGUUCCACCCAAAGGAUAUUACAAUAGUCUACUGCCUCCUGGCCAACCGCCUCCACUUCCUCCGCCAGCAGGCGACCACAGUCCACCAGCCUGUCAAUAUGGCCCGCGCGGCUCUCUGCGAGCUGGUCGCCACCCGGGUCCUCCGCCGCUUCCACGAGUCCAACCCUGGCGCCCAGGGCCUGCUCUUCCUCUCGCACAUCCUCGUCGGCGGUUUCGAUCCCUUCGAGGGCGCCCCCGAGGCCGUCGAGUUCGAGGGCCGCCGCCAGUGGGCCGUCCAGGAGCGCGGCGGCCUCGAGCGCAAGCUCACGGCUCUCGAGCUCGCCAUCCUCUCCGAGAGCAAGACCUUCAUCGGGUCCCCCGCCUGCCAGCGCGUUGUCAACGCCGUCUACGAAGGGCGUGUCAUAUACACCCCCCUGUCCUUCGUCGACAUCCUCCCGGACCACUACAAGUACCACCCCAUCUCGCUCUACGACCCGCGCAAGGCGCCCAUCCUGAACCACUACCGCCUCAUCGUCCCACGCUCCCGCCAUUUCAUCGAGUUCGUGCAGUUCCUCGUGCUCAUGGUGCUCUACUUCCUCGCCAUGCUGUACCGCCGGAGCAGCAACGAGGUCUUUGAGUUCCUCUUCUGCAUCUACGCCGCCGGCUGGGUGCUCGACGAGCUCGCCGCCGUCGUCGAGCACGGCUGGGAAGUGCACGCGCAGAACUUGUGGUCCUGGCUCGACGUCACUUUCUCCGCCAUCUACGGCGUCUACGUGAUCGCGCGCAUUUACGACGUCGCCGCGGGCCACUUCCCCGACGGUCACGGCCUGCACAUCCUCCCGCUCGCGGCGCCCAUCCUGCUGACCCGCGUCGCCUUCAACAUCGCCCCGGACAACAUCGUGCUCAUCUCGCUGCACGCCAUGAUGAAGGAUUUCCUGCUGCUGUCGUUCCUCGCCUGCUGGUGCUUCAUGGGCUUCCUUCUCGCGCUGCAGUGGCUCAUCGACUCCAACGACAACUUCAACGAGACGCCCUCGUGGUUCACCAUCGGCAAGUGGAUGCUCUGGAUCUGGUUCGGCCUCGACGGCACGGGCAUUGAGGAGUCGGUGCAGUUCCACAUUGUCUUGGGCCCCGCGCUUAUGAUAGGCUUCGCCUUCCUCGGCAACACACUGUUCCUGACGAUCCUCGUCGCCAUGCUCACAAACACCUUUUCCAAGAUCAUUGCCGACGAGACGGCUGAGGUGCAGUUCCGCCGCGCCGUGCUGACGUUCGAAGGGGUCAAGAGUGACGCCAUCUUCGCGUACCCGCCGCCCUUCAACAUCUUCGCCCUCGCGACGCUGCUGCCGCUGCGCUUCCUCGUGUCGCCGGAGUCGUUCCACAGGGUCAACGUCGCGCUCAUCCGCGCGCUGAACCUGCCGACGCUGCUGCUCAUCAGCCUCUACGAGAGGCGGCAGUUCUCACGGCGGGCGCGGGCCAAGACAGGGGACCGGUCGCUUCUGGGCUGGAAGUUCUCGGGGUUUUCGCCGCACGGGGACAUCCAGGCCGUGUUCGAGACGGCGCCGCCGCCGGACGUGGCGGAUCUGAUUGAGGAGCUGGACAAGCUCGGGGACGAGGGCUCGGUCGCGGACGAGUUCGUGCCCAAGUUGUCGGCGGACUUGGGCCGGCCGAUCCGGUGGAGGUCGAGGUUACGGAACGGAGUUCAGGAGCACGAUGAGUGA